UUAAAGUUUGUUAAUGAUCUCCAAAAGUUUAGCUGGUUGAAAUAAAUAUUUACUAAAAACUACAAAAUUCUGCUUGGUGGAGUUAUCAGGCAUACCGAUAUCUGUUGUGAAACUCUAUAGAUUAUACGGACAUUAAUUCUUCUCGCAACGACAUCGCUACUACUUUGAAUGGGACUGGUAAGCCACUUUGGCGCAUGGAUGCCCCCUCUGAAGUUUUAAGAGUUUCACAAAGUGGAUGUAUUCCAAUCUACACGCUUGAUGAGAAAUAAUAAGGAUAUCUAUUUGAAUUUGAAAGUAGCGCAGUUGGAGUGACGUCUACUUGCCGUAUCUUAUGAUCUGUUUACAUUUCGGAGGAUUCAUCAUAUAGCGAAAUGAAGUGCGCUGUGCUGACUUGCCCAAACAAUUGCAAAAACAAAUUAAUAAGGUUUCAUGGUUUUCCGAGGCAAGAAGAUUUGUUCAAACAAUGGGAAAGCUUUUGUGGUCAAGAAGUCGACAAAAAAGCGAAAAUCUGCAGCGAACACUUUUUGCCAGAAGACUAUGAAAGGACUUUAAAAGUUGAAAUGGGAUUUGCAAAAUACAACCUUCUUAGAAAGGGAGCUGUACCAACCGUGAAUAAACACCUGUUGGCGCCUUCAAAGAAAACACGCAAGAAACUUAGAUUGCCGCAAAAGAAAUUAACUUGUGAUCCACUAGCAGAUGUAGUAGAAGUAAAAGACGACUACGAAAUGCCGCAAAAAAUAUCGCCUACUGCAUUAGACAAAUCCAAAGGGGAAAACUUUGUUCCACCAUCUACUAACCUUGGCUGUACAAUAAAUUAUUUAGAAAAUAAAAUCGAAACUUUAAAACGUGAUGCCGAAGCAAAUGAAAAGUUGCUGAAAGACAAAAUCGAAGUGCUGAAGGCUGAAAAUAAUCGUCUGCAGGAAUGCUCAAAAAAGCGGCUGCAAGAUAAUGUGCAAUUGGAACAUACGAUAGAUACUCUGAAACUUGAAAAGAGUAUUUUAAAAGAAGCCGAGGAAAAGUGGAACAAACAAACCGCUGCCAUGCAGAUGCGCCUUAAUAGAGCCGAAUUCGAGCAAAAAAAUUUAGAGCAGAAGCUGCAAACAAUAUUUAGUCCCGGUCAGAUAAAAAAGAUAAAAAGAGGAAAUAAAAAAUUGCAUUGGUCUGAAGAAGAUAUUUCACAAUCCAUAAGACUAUACACGACCAGCCCGAAAGCAUACCUUAUGUUAAAGGAAAAGAAUUAUCCUCUGCCCAGUGUAAGAACCCUGCAAUUUUGGGCAAAAAAGCGAAGAAUUUCAUUCGAAACGGUCACCGAUGAUGGGGACAAAGUUACUUCAAAUAUCGUAAUCGAAAUGGACGAAACUAACGCGGACGCUGCAAGUUCAAGUAGUGCUGCAGAAAUAGAGAAAAAUAUUUCUGUUGAAAUGAUCGAAGAUGAAGAUGAACAAACUAUUGCCAUGGAAAUGGUGGCUUAUAGCUCAGAUGAAGAUAUGCCAAAUGGUGUGGAGGAAGAUGAAAACAAUAUUUCAAUCGAAAUGAUUCAUAGUGAUUCAUAUGAAGAGAUACCAAACGGUAUUGUACAAGAUGAAAAUCCUUGGCUAGAAAUUAAUGAAUUCAUUCUACCGUGCAAAUACGUACCGAAGGGAGGAAAAAAUACGGAUAUGACCGCAGAACAAAAAACAUCCUAAGGAAAUGUGGAAAAAUUGGUUUUGUCUGCACCAAAAGAGUUAAGAGCAUUUUACUAAAAGUGAUCCACAUGAACAUCAUCUGAAGCAUUUGUUAUUUCUCGAGAAAUAUGUUAAAAUCAGUUAAUACUGUACGCAAAUCGGAUCCUCGUUCAUUUGGAAUCAUCAAAAGUUUUGCUGAACUCAGAGAAUUUGAAAUAUGAAAUGAAAUAAAUAAAGAUUCGCUUGGCUUCACAAAAUAAGAUUUGGAAAAUAGAGCCAUGUCACUACGGUUAUAAACGUCUCCCACUAAUAAUAACCUUAAAAAUGUGUUUGGAAGACAGAAAACAAAUUCUGACAUAGUUCAAAAUUGCCAUCUGGGUUCGGAGUGCAAUCUAAGAAAUCCCGCAAAAAGAAAUGCCGCCUGCAGUACGAGUGGAUACUCAUUUAUUUAAUGGUAAUAAAAGGUAUAUGAACCAACAAACGAGGAUUCCGAUUGUAGUUUCUCACGAUUACAAUAAGGAGAAGAAGCAAAGCAAUUUACGUGGUGAUCUACUUAGUUGUAGCGAACCUGCUGCAGAAUGUGGCAUGCUGCAAGUAGAUUUUGAAUUAUUUCAGCAUAGCUAAAGUUGCAUCAAAUUAGCAAAAUUGAACAUUAAAAGUUAAAAGAAGUAUUCACUUAGUUGAACUAUUACAUCCACAGCUGUUUGGUUCAAGCCAAAUCUGAUAUGCAUAAUAAAUGUAAUAAAAAAUAUGGACUAUAAACGGUAAACGGCAUUCGUAAAACGGGAAAUUAUUGGAUAUUAGCAUACUCGAGCAUUAAGUAACGCUUAAGUAAUAAAUUUAAAAAGUCCGGCUGUAAAAUUUUCUCACGUAUUCUUCAAUUGAAGAUUCAUAAUAUUUAUAAGUUAAGCGAAAGUCAAAUAUUUAAACCUAAAGAUCAUCAAAAUGAUAUAAAAACCUUCUUUUUAAGCCAUUCGGGGCUCAAUGAGAAAAUCUACUAAGUGUUAAGUAUUUAUGUAAGUGUUUUAUAAGUUCCUACAGUAAAAUGGAGUCCUUCAUAAUUUUCCUUUUUCUUGGAAUACCGUAAAAAUUACGUGUUAAAAAGUAACAAAAAUGUAAAAUAGUGAAAUAAUUGUUAGAGACAAUAUCGUAAGUCUUAUAGUCGUUCAAUUGGAGAUCUUUUGUAAUUGUUUUGUAUGUAAAAGCUAACUGUGAAAGCAAAGAUAAAUAAAAUAAUAUUAAAACUUAAAUACGAA